ACCCCUUGGACGAGGUAAACUCGCAUUUUGUGCGUCGAACGCACAGAAACGGGCCAUCCCUUGCAAAUUAUCAUUGCAAGCCUCGCAAGGGGCUACCAAACUAGGACGAUACAUCAUCGUCCCGAGUUCUUUAUUUCUUCAUGUGAUACUAUUUCGUUUGACAAUCGGAUCUUUCGUUUUCAUCUACGCGAGAGACAGUGAAAGUUAUUGAUUCUUAUUGUGGACUACGUUUCAGUGAUAUUCCGUGCUCCCUUUCCGCGAGGGACAAUAAUUGUAGAACAUUUUGAUUACAUUAAAAAAAAAGCGACAAAAUGAAGGUGGGACUGUUAAAGAAUUUCUUGCAUUAUUUCAAUCUGAAACAGGGUACAGUAUUAAUAGCAGUGUUCCAAUUGUUUACAUCCGGGUUUAGUAUGAUAUUUUUCGUGCUGGCACUGGCACACGCGAUGGGAAUUCAAGAAAUGGUGGUAAGGGAUACCGAAGAUGCUCUCGAGAGAGAAGCCUUAGAAGAUAUAUCAUCUAAUCAUCUAAAUACUAGGAAAAUGGAUAUGGCGCACCAUAACGCAACUGAAACGGUAUACUCGAUGUACUGUGGACUGGUGAUCACAGUGAUACAUUUUAUUUCUACUAUCCUGCUCCUGUACGGUGCGCUGACGAGCAAUCGUCACUUCAUGGCGCCCUGGAUGAUGGUCAUGAUGACGAUAAUAUCGGCGCUGACAAUUUCUUUGUUCUUGGUAGAACAAGACUGCCCGUUUAUUGCUACUCUUGGAGGCAAAGCUGAUAUCUGUGAACGUAUGAUCGUUCUCUUUCUCGUGAUCACUAGUUCUUACGUAUGGUUCGUCGUGUAUAGCACCUACAAGAGUCUCGAAACGAAAAAGGGACUGACUCACAUUCUUCACGGUGUGAAGAAAAAGCCUGUCGUUCCGGUUGUACAAAAAUCAAAAGCCGUUCAGGCAGACGCAAAUAAACCCUACGAGGUUUAAAAAUCAUUAUAUGAAGUUAUAGAAAUAGCGACAAAAAGUCGUAUUUAUUCGUUACAAUGAAUGUGAAAGGACGCGCUCGAUGACGAGAGGUUUCGUUAUCGAAAGAUAUCCUUCAAAUGACAGUGUUUUUUAAACAAAUUUUAAAAUUACACUCGGUCUGCCAACAAGGCCUACAGAUUCAAUCUUGUCGUCUAAAGUUUUGUAAUUGAAAUCAAAUCUCAAACGUGUUCCGCCUUUGACGAUAAUUGAAUAGAAGAAAGGCGAAUGAGAAAGGUGCGGUACAAACUUAUGUUGGAAAAACACUGUGCAACUUAUUUCUAUACGUAAAACACGAUGGAGAUGUUUCAUUUUAAAAGCUUUUCAUUAUAAAAGCUCAAAAGAAGUCUGCAGUACAAAAAGCUUGCUUUUAUUAUUAUACGUGUUACUUAUUGUUCGUAUUUUACGAUUAAUUGUCAAUAAAUAGCUUCGCGUUGUUUUUUUUUUUUUUUUUUUUUUAAUGAUACCUUAAAAUUUCGGACAACGCACACAGAAAUAUACAAUUACAAUUAUUCUUAAUGUAAAUCUAAACUGCAUAUCGAAAUGCGGCGACGCAUAUAUCGUAAUAUAAUAUACAUAUUUUUCAUUUUAAUCCGAAUGCCAUGACAAAUCAUAAAAUCUUUUCAAUUUAACAACGAUAUUAGGUUGAAAAGCUUUAGUUCAUAUUUGCGUAACAUGUAUUCUUUCCGUAAGACUGAAUUCUAAUUAUUAAUGUUGCAUACGAUUUUUCAUCGAAUUUCGCAUUAUUAUACAUUAGAAAAAAAGAAAAAAAAAUGAACACAUCGUUUGCAACUGAUCACUAUUAUUUUAUAUUUUAUUAUGAACAAAUACAGUGUUUUGUCCCAUAAUCACUUUUAUUUUAUAUUCGAUCUCAACUUCUUUGUCAUACUACAAUCUUAAUAUUUUGUGGUAAUAUUUCAAUAAUAACAACUAAAUGUAGUUAUUUCUUGUGUAUAUGUAUAUUAAAUGUAUGAAACCAUAAAAUAAAGGUUAUAAAACUU